CCCGCCGGGCCGCAGCCCCUCCGCCCCGCUCCCUGCCCGCCCCCGCGCGGGGCAGCCGGGGCGCAUGGCGGCGGGCGGCGCGGCGCUGGCGGCGCCGCUGGUGCUGCUCUACUACGGCUUCUCCAUCGGCAUCACCUUCUACAACAAGUGGCUCAUGAAGAGCUUCCCCUUCCCGCUGCUCGUCUCGCUGCUGCACCUCCUGCUCAUCUUCGGCCUGUCGGCGCUCGCCCGCUCCCUGGCGCGGUGCCGCUCCGGGCGGCCCCGGGCCGCGCUCUCCUGGGCCGACUGCCUGCGCCGGGCGGCCCCCGCAGCUCUGUCAACUUCCUUGGAUAUCGGGCUGAGUAACUGGAGCUUCCUAUAUGUCACUGUUUCCCUCUACACGAUGACCAAAUCCUCUGCCAUUCUCUUCAUCCUGCUUUUUUCACUGCUCUUCAAGCUGGAGGAAGCGAGGGUGACAUUGCUGCUGGUCGUUCUGCUUAUUGCUGGGGGGCUCUUCAUGUUCACCUACAAGUCCACACAGUUCAACGCGCAGGGGUUUGUGCUGGUGCUGUGUGCCUCUUUCCUUGGGGGUAUUCGCUGGACUCUCACACAGAUACUUACGCAGAAGGCUGAGCUGGGGCUCCAGAACCCCAUUGAUAUCAUGUUUCACCUGCAACCGCUCAUGUUCCUGGGGCUCUUUCCACUCUUUGCGGUAUUUGAGGGCCUGCCUUUGUCCAUAUCAGAGAAGCUCUUCGGUAUCCAUGAAGCAGGAAUGCUGUUCUCUCUGGUAGGGAAGCUGUUCUUGGGUGGAAUUCUUGCCUUUGGUCUAGGCUUUUCUGAGCUCCUCUUGGUUUCCAGAACAUCUAGCCUCACCCUUUCCAUUGCUGGCAUUUUUAAGGAAAUCUGUAUUUUAUUCCUCGCCACACAUUUGCUGGGAGACCACCUUAGUCUCUUGAACUGGCUGGGCUUUGCUGUCUGUCUGUCAGGAAUCUCCCUCCAUGUCAUUCUCAAAUCCAUGAAUUCCAAAGGUGAAAAAGCACAGAAGCUACACAAAGAGGCCAGUUCUGACCCUGACCUGGAGCUGCUGCUGCACCACGCUGAGCAUGGUGAGGAGGAAGAGGAUGUCAAAACCCCACAAGAGCAAUGACUGAACGCAAGCACAAAGUCCCCUGCGCUGUUCUCACCAAACAGCCUGACAGCUAUCUGGGAGAAUGUCCAAGAGACUCUGUGACCACCCAAAGGAGAGCCAGGACCUGGGGAGAGAGUCCUGCUGCUCACAUACCGUGUGGGUCUGUAGAUGCUGCACAAGAAACGGGCAAUAUUCCUUUCACAGAGAGUGAACCUGGCAGACAAGCUCUGGUUCACUAAAAGUAGAACAGCAUGGUGAGAGUGGGAAAUGCUGUAGAAAGCAUAUUAGGGAAUCCCGCAUCUGUGUAUUGAGAGUGUAGACCAUGAGCUGUAGAAUGCAUGUGGACAUGUCUGGACUGUAGGCUGAGUGGUUAAAGAAUGAUUUUACUAUUGUUUGGGCUUCAAAAGAGAAGGUAGAUAUACCUUCCCAUGCUUUCUUCAUGGUUCUGCUAAGUAGGAGCUUCCAUCGUGGUGGGAGCAGAUGACUCUGUAUAAAUCUGUAGACUUGUCCCAGUGAGAGGAGCCUUUGUGCCUGGUGACCUCUGUGUUCUGUGUGCAUAGUAAGAAGAGAAUUAAAUGCUGGUAUUUGGGACCAAUCGAACAUAGCCAAGCGACGUUGGUUGGAGGAGCAGGUAUGGAUGAGUACUCAUGGCUGUAUAGGCCAAGGUGGGAGAGAACAGUGUCACAGGAGGCUUAGCUUGAGCAAUAAGCUUAUCAAAAAGUAUGUGGGUAUUGGGGGGGUUUUUUGGUGUGUUUUGUUUGUUUUUUUUAAUAAACUGUUUUCUGAUUC